GGGCGCCGCCGGGCACUGGUGUCGCGCCUCGUGUCCUUCAGCGCGAGCCACCGGCUGCACUGCCCGUCUCUGAGUAGUGAAGAGAAUGUGAAACUGUUCGGGAAGUGCAACAAUCCAAAUGGGCAUGGGCACAAUUAUAAAGAUUGAUCCUGUUACAGGAAUGGUUAUGAACUUGACUGACCUCAAAAAAUACAUGGAGGAGGCAAUCAUGGAGCCCCUGGAUCACAAGAACCUGGACCUGGAUGUGCCGUACUUCGCAGAUGUUGUAAGCACAACAGAAAACGUAGCUGUAUAUAUCUGGGAAAACCUUCAGAAAUUCCUUCCUGGGGGAGUUCUUUAUAAAGUUAAAGUGUAUGAAACUGAAAAUAAUAUUGUUGUGUAUAAAGGACAAUAGGUUUUAGGGGUUAACAUUGUGGAAAGAUUAAAUUUAAUAUUUGAAAAAGAUGUUUGUUCUCUAGCAUAUUAAGCAGUCACCAUGUAAUUGUGUCUUUACAUUGUGUUCUGUAGUGCCUAAUCUAGUGAACUGACUGUAAUACCUGCUAUUGUAUAUUGGUACGUUUUUAAAAAUCAAACUUGUAUCCUGAAUGUGUUUUUUUUUUGGGGGGGGAGGAGGGAUCUGGGGAUUGAACCCAGGAUCUCACACAUAUAAAGCAUUCUGUCUGCCACUGAAUUACAUUCCCAGUCCUCUAAAUAUAA